UCCUCAGCUGCUGUCCGUCUGCCGUGCUCUAUAUUAUGGUCGCGCAGCCGUGAUCCGCUUGGAUCGUCCGUGUGGAUCUCCGGUCGGGCACCAUGUCCACCCGGUACAGCCCGAGGCGUGCGCUUCUGCGCGCGGUCUGCGCGCAUGUUGUGUCCGUGCUGACUGUCUGCUGCGCCGGGGGGCUCUUUACAGCCGCUGCCUAUCCGAAUCAACACGACACGCUGGAGCAUUAUGACAUAAUCGAACCACACCUGCUCAUCGGAGGACAGCAGCGACCAGUUAGUCUCAUAAAGUCAAUGGGUCAUCCUGGAUCACUGAAGGUGCUAAUAGAAGUGGAUGGAGAGCAACUGCUACUUGAUCUGCAGAAAAAUGAAGGGCUGUUUGCUAGUCACUACACAGAAACACACUACCUGGAGGAUGGAAGUGCCGUCACCACCUCACCGAAUGUCAUGCUGGAUGAUCUUGUGUCAAAAGCUUUAGAGAAGAGGUGGUCAAGCGAGGGCCACCGGGAGUGCAGAAACCACCCAUGA